UCGCCAUCGAAAGCACGGCACACCGUACGAAAUGUACGAAAUGGUCGCUUUCUUGUCACAUGUGCUCGCGGUUGCGACGGUUGAUUAGUUUAAAAACAGUCCUUUACGAAGCGUAAUCAACCUCUGGCUCGACGUUAAACAUUACCAUGGAUAAAAUCGACGCCAAAAGACUGCGAAGGGUCCAGUCUUGGGCGGAAGAAGCAUCCCGAUUGCUCUCGGAGUCCACAUGCAACGACGACAGUGCCCAAGUCGUCACGGCGCUGGAUUCGGUUCUCGAGAACGCCGCUCGCGACGUCAGGCGGGUGCUCAGAGACCCAGACAAGCACCGCGAGAUGGUAAGGGAACUUCUGUCCGUCCUCCGACACGUCACGACGCACUUACAUCUCCGAUCACCGUCGCUGCUGACCGCGGGCGAUUUUCCGUAUUGGGACUACAUGAGUGCUCUUCUCUCGUACCUGCUCGACGUCAAGCUAGGCGGCCGCCUCUGGUCGCCGACGCUCGAGUUGUGCUACCACACUACGCGGUGCAAACAUCGAGUCUGGGACGUGAUCGUGCAGUCGGCGGCAAUAGCCACAGACUCGCUCGCCGAUCGGAUGCCGGCGGUCAUCGACAAGCUGGUCGCGUGGUGCCCCAAGACCUUCGCGGAUCCAGCCCAGUUUUUCAAGUUUCUCGCAGCCGUCGUAGUCGUUAUGAAGCGGUGCGGCGACGGCGACGACUCCGAGUCUUUGAAGGGGGUCGUGCUCGCGGUGGAGCUCCAGUUCGACUUCCCGGCGUGGUUCUCAGCCCAAGGGUUCGACCUCAGCGUGCCGGCCUCGAAGCUGAAGUCCAGAAAGAAACUGAUUGGCCAUCUCUGUACGAGUGCGGUGACGGGGGCGGAGCUGCUGGAAAUGUGCAAGGCCCUGGUCGACCCCGGGUCAACGACUCGACGGCAGAACCAGGAUGUUGCUGAAAUCGACGAAAAUGACGAAAUGUUUGCAAUUGCAGAGCGGACGGACGUCCCACCAACGGUCGAUGCAAACGAAGAGAUCGAGUUGGUGCUCGAGAAGACGCUGACACGGAUGAGGGUCGGCCCCGGCGGCAACGCCGACACUACCGACUGCAUGAUAGAUUCCGAGCUGAUCUCGGACAGCAGCAACCCGGCUGUAGAUCCCGAGACUUUCCUGCAGACCUUCCUGAACCCAGAGUACAUUUUUGACGACGAGGAAGAUGCAAGGGCCAACAAAAAGCACGUACGGAAAAAGCGGCCUAGGUCCGAGUUGUCUCCUUCAAAGAAGUUGCAGGACUCCAAAAUGGCGUCUGAAUCGGAGAAAAGCGAAUCCGAGAAUGCGGCGGCUUCGCCUGCCGAAAGUCUGCAGCCAAGGAGGUCACCCACAAAGCUUUCUUCCGGUAGAAACCACAGAGUUGCGGCGUCGGGCGAGGGCCGUCCGCGAGAGAGGUUGUCGUCGUGCCAUUCUGUUGACGGCGAAAGAGCCGUCACCUCUCCGGAGAAGACGUGCAGGGCGUCUCUGUCAUCAGACAACUCUGAGACGGCUACAAGGUUGCGGCGAAAGAAAAAAUCUCCGACGGAGUUGCCACCUGGCAAAGCUCGCACCGUUUCGACGUCGUCACUGGAACAAGACGACGUAAGCGCUAAAAAGAAGCAUGUUUUUACUUCGCCCGAAAGAUGUGACCCUCAGGAGCAAAAGGCACAACAGCAAGCUACGCAUGCUUCAAACCACCAAGGGGGAUUGCCAUCGAAGUCGUCUUCGGCUACAAGUUCUGCUGCUUUGUUGGCGGGGCAAAUCCGUAAGCCUUUCAACUUGUCUGCGAAUGCAGAUGAGGCAGAAGUAGUUUCACCUUCGAAGAAAUUGCGAAGAACCCGAAAGUGCUCUUCAACUGUAGAGGAAGCGGACGAAAUGCAAAUACCAACACCUCGGUUUGCUCAUGGCUCGCAACAAAGAAGAUCGCCGACAAAGGUUUCGUUUGGUGGUUCCUGCGUGGCUUCGUCGUUGGAAAAAGACAAGCCCGAAGAAGUCUCAUUGAAUAGCUUUAACAACCGAGGCCCAGCAGCCCUUUCUCGGUCGAGAAAAUCGCCCUCAGUUACGCCCGACGACGAACCUGGGAAGCAACUUGAGCGGAGAGGGAAAACUGCUCGAAGUUUGUCGGAACGUAUGUCCCCGGCAAAACUUCAUUCCAGUCAAGUCCCAAGCACUUCAAAAUCUUGCACCGUCCUCGAAGAAUCGAGCCCGUCCGUUGAUGGUGAAGUCACAGGAAAGCAGGCGGGUUCGUUUGGAAGGAAAGCGCGCCGUCCAGCAGAGUUGGCAACGUCCGACGAUGAGGUUCAGGACUUAUCGAUGCAAAAGGAGCGAAAAAGAUCGGCGACAAUGUCCUCCUGUAGCACGACCUGCAUAGUUUCCUCCUCUGAGGAAGGUGACCGGCAAGUUUCAGCAAAGAACUCUGGAAACCGGAGACGGAAAAUGAGAAAGCCGGCGACGCCCGGGGACGAAUGCGAGGAGCCAACCGUGCGGAAGCGACGCAUCUUUCGUGACCUGCGCCAAACGCAGUCACCGGCAAGGCCUGCGUACAACAAGAUUUGCGACACCUCGUCAGAUGAGGAAGUGUCAGAAGACAUAAAAGGAACAAGAGACGACAGCGAGACAACAGCCGUUUCUCCUCCGAACGAGGCACACACAUCCAGAGGUCGACAGGCAACAAAGAGAUCUCCCCAAGCAUUGCGACAUGCAGAAAGUUUGCCCCAAGAAAAGUCGCCUGCGAAAUCUUGUGCCACUCUCGACGUUUCUUUAAAAGAUUUUGAACCACAGAAGUCCGACAGUUCCUCUUCAGAUGACGACAAUGGGAAUGCCGAGGUCAUUUCUGUUAACACGAGCUCCGAAGACAGUGCAGACGGCGUCAACAACGAAACAGAAAGUUUCUCUUCGAGCCAGGAGUCGCAGCACAGCAACCAAGCUUCUUCCGCCACUGAGCAGGCGAAGUCUCUGGGGGAGUCUCGACAUCGGGAAAUGGCUUCCAAGCGAACCGAACCAGACGAUUCCGACAGUAGCGCCGCCCCCGUCGGUUCGAUCCAGCUCUCGCAGGUUAGCACAAGUGAUUCAGACUCGUCCGAGAACAAAACUGCGGACUCUGAAAGCGACGAACCGCACGACCGUGGAAAAGUGCUGUCUUUCACGGAUGCUUUUUCUGGAAAGACCAGGUCUAACAAGGAGUCUUUGACAACACCGGGUGCAUCGAAGUCAGGAAUUCAAAAGGAGUCUUCAGAUGCUCAAAAAGCAUUGUGUUCGUACACACCCAACGGUAAAGUCACGUCUGCGAGGAGCAUCAUGGACAAAGUCUCGGAGAAGUCUGUUGACGACAUCGUUGUUCCAGAUAGCCAGGAGUGUGCCUCAUCGAGCAAAGAUGCUUCAUCCGAGCACAGUUCUACGAGCAGCGAGAAGAUGACGGACACUUCAAGUCCCGAUGUGGUAAUUCCCGAAACCCAGGAGCUCAGCACGGCAUCGAUUAAGACGACGCAGGUAACAGAUGCGGCUAAACAAGGACUGCCACAGUGUGCCCCUGCAGACAAAGACAUGCUGCCCUCCCAAGAGAGUAACUGUUUGGACGGGCUGACUCAGGUACCGUCGUUUGCUGAGCGCGACAGCAGAGACAAAGACGUACACGCCAGACCGCCGAAAAACACGAGCGCAUCGGCGGUGUUAAGGACGCCAGCUCGACAAAGGAGUCAGUCUCCACGGCUUCGACCCCGGUCAUCCCGGCAAAGCGCAAUCAAGGCCAGAAGGAAGUUAAUUCGGACUCCAGAGAAAGAGGAAGAGGGCUUGCCGGAGAGCAAGUCAGGCAAGCCCAGGCGGAUGAUGACCCCCUCUGACGAUUCAGACUCUGAUCCAGAUUUCAGCCUCGGAAAGAAGAAGACUCUGAUCGUCUUCAAGCCCCGGACACCAAAUUUCGGAUCGAGUUGCGUCGAAAAGUCGAGGCAGUUGACGGUGGGGAGUGGUGAUGAAGCCGACGCCUCUCAAGGAUCGAGAAAGCCCUCCAAGUUGUCGCUCAGCCAGAAGCAAAGUUCUCAGGCAUGCCUUAACGAAACAAGCGAUGCACUAUGUGACACCACUACCCCCGAAAUAAAAAUUGAGGGGCUUCCUGCAGCGCUGAAGACACAGUUUGAUGAUAUCGCUACGCAUACUCCACCACUGACUACUGAACGGCAAGCGAUGAAAAGCUUGCCAUCCAGCACGCCGACGCGCAAGAUGGCAGAAGCAAACGUGGAAGGUGCCAAGAAUGAUUCUGAAAACGAUUUCACCAUGGCGGUGUCUGUAAAAGCUUGUCACCCGAAAGCAACGGAGAAGCGGUCCAGAACCAGCGUCUGCCAGAAGCCGUCGCCGGUUGCAGCGACCCCGAAGUUCGCAGAAACGAUAACCCAAGGCUUGUGGAAAGACUCAUCUACAAGGGCAACAGGCAAACAAAAAACUGAGGACGCCGGACGUUCAUCUAGGUCACCGUCGUCUUCAACCCGGCUCACCAACGUCUCCCAAGACGCGACGCAGCCCAUGGAAGCAGGCUCGUCGUCGGCCAGCUUCCAGAGUCCGUCGUCAGAAUCGGAGCUUAGUGUCGAUGCACUAAUCGAUUCCUUGUCAAUGGACAACGACAACAUUGUGUCGCAGACACCGAGGCUCGGUGGCUCCCUGGAGAAGAGCUGUUGUUACUGCAGCGGUACGAAGAAGACGCAGACAAGCGAGAUCGGGAUAAUGACCGACGUUUCCUUUGGCGAGGCGUCUGUGUCACAGGCGUCGUCUGGUGGCAGACGGACGAAGCGAGACUCUACAAGAGAGUUUGACUCCCGGAAGCGUGCAAAAGGCAGACGGAAGAGUGCGUGUUCCCUGACCGCUGCCGCUACGCCACCGCAGGCCGCCGUGGUACGGAAAGCAGUGACGUCGCACUACAAUCUGAGGAUGUCCCUGUCGGUUCCGCGUAGAUUGAAGUACUAGGCACACUUGACAUUCGAAAUGUUUGCUGUAACAGAUUCGUUGUACAGUGCAAUCCACUUAUAACAAUAUCACAUAUUAAGAUCUACCGCUUAUGGCGAUCAAUUUCUAGAGGAGUGUGCAUUUUUGCGUGUGGUAUUUAGUCCGGAUACGACGAUAAUCAGUUGCAUUUUCGGGUUUACUCGUCAUUGUUAUAAGUGGAUUGCACUGUAUUGACUCCUUGUAUAGUGAGAAACCAUGUGGUUAACAUUUUGUCGUGCGAACUUGAUUAAUUUUGAGUGGUCCAGUUUUGUAACGGAUCUGCAGGGUUCCGUGUUUUCGGUGUUUAUUUUAUUUUUAUUUAUUUUUUUCUCU